AUGGAAACUCUUUCCUAUGAGCAGCGAGAAUAGCAAGUAGAAGUGGCAGUGUCGGAGAGUAGAGAGAAGAAAUCAAUCAAGUGCUCGAGAGAGACGGACGAAAUCUUAUAGCAUAAUGAGCGAAGAAGGUCCAAAGCUCUACGCUGACAAGCCCAAGAAAGCGCAGCUCAAGCAAUUGAACGAGCAACAAAAGGCAAAGGAUUUUUCUUCCCCAACGGCUACUAAAGCUACAGCAACGCCAUCAUCAGCAGCCUCAGCUGCGGCAGCGUCGUACAGUAUGGGAUCUCAGUCUACGUCUCCUCCUCCUCCUCCUCCUCAACCUCCAAAGGAGUCCUUUUCUAGGCGUUACAAGUUCUUGUGGCCUCUUCUCUUGACUGUCAAUCUCACUGUUGGAGCUUACUUAUUCAUGAGAACAAAGAAAAAAGAUACAGACCUAGAGGAAGAAGUAUCGACCAAUGUCUCCUCCUCUCCAGUUUCAUCCACCCCUACCACAACUACAACAGUUUCUGAGAAGCCCAUUUCAUUGCCCACAGUUUCAGAACCUGUGAAGCCGCACGAACCUAUCCCAGAGAACCAACAGCGUGAACUGUACAAGUGGAUUUUGGAAGAGAAAAGAAAGGUCAAAGCAAAAGAUCCACAAGAGAAGAAGCGCAUCGAUGAAGAGAAAGCUAUUCUUAAACAGUUCAUUCGAGCAAAAUCCAUCCCAAGAAUUUAGUUGAUUAUGCUCUUAUUUCAACCUGAGAUCAGCUGAAUUUUCUUUGAUCAGUUAAGAAGUUUGAAUUCUGCAAUUAUUGAAUUUCAAUGCAUAUACUGUCUUCUCCUAAUUGUUUGAUUCUCGGUUGAGAUCUUUAGAAUUUGUGAUUGCUGUUGCUUUGUUUUAGAUAUAAGGGUGAUGUUUUUGUCGUCUGGAAGAUUCUUAUUGACCAUAAACUUGCUGAUUGUAUUUGGCUUUGUAUGUUUCACUGCAGACUGCAAUAUGAGGAGUACCUGACUGACCUAUGGGCCAGCAGUUGAAUACCA